CCGCCUGGUUCUGUCUCUUAGCCCUCUCAGCUCUAGUAGACAGAGGAAGGUGGCUGUCGGAGAUCUUCAGGAGAUCUUCAGACCUUUGUGUCUCUGAAGGAGGAACGGACAACACCGUCGUCAUCAUCAUACAUAUCACUCUGUGAAUUGUGACUGAGCCAGAUACAGAAUGUCUAAAGGGCCAGCAGUAGGUAUCGAUCUUGGUACCACCUACUCCUGCGUUGGCAUCUUCCAACAUGGCAAAGUGGAGAUCAUUGCAAAUGACCAGGGCAACAGGACCACGCCCAGCUACGUGGCCUUCACCGACACAGAGAGGCUGAUCGGAGAUGCCGCAAAGAACCAAGUGGCCAUGAACCCCAGCAACACGGUGUUUGAUGCUAAGCGCCUCAUCGGCCGCAAGUUUGACGAUGCGGUCGUCCAAUCGGACAUGAAGCACUGGCCGUUCAAGGUGGUGAGCGACGGAGGCAAGCCCAAGGUGGAGGUGGAGUACAAGGGGGAGGUCAAGACCUUCUACCCCGAGGAGGUCUCGUCCAUGGUGCUCACCAAGAUGAAGGAGAUCUCCGAAGCCUACCUUGGCAAGACGAUGACCAAUGCAGUCAUCACCGUGCCUGCUUACUUCAAUGACUCUCAGAGACAAGCCACAAAGGAUGCAGGCCUCAUCGCAGGCCUCAAUGUCCUUCGAAUCAUCAAUGAGCCCACUGCUGCUGCCAUUGCUUAUGGUUUGGACAAAAAGGUUGGAGGUGAACGCAAUGUUCUGAUUUUUGACCUGGGCGGCGGUACCUUUGAUGUCUCCAUCCUCACCAUUGAAGACGGCAUUUUCGAGGUCAAAUCCACCGCCGGAGACACACAUCUCGGCGGAGAGGACUUUGACAACCGUAUGGUGAACCACUUCAUCGGUGAGUUCAAGAGGAAGUUCAAGAAGGACAUCACCAACAACAAGAGAGCUGUCCGACGUCUGCGCACAGCCUGCGAGCGAGCCAAGCGUACGCUGUCCUCCAGCACCCAGGCCAGCAUCGAGAUCGACUCGCUGUAUGAGGGCGCAGACUUCUACACCUCCAUCACAAGGGCACGCUUCGAGGAGCUCAACGCGGACCUCUUUCGCGGCACCUUGGAGCCCGUGGAGAAGUCUCUGCGCGACGCCAAGAUGGACAAAUCCCAAAUCCACGACAUUGUCCUCGUCGGCGGAUCCACACGCAUUCCAAAGAUCCAGAAGCUGCUGCAGGACUUCUUCAACGGCCGCGACCUGAACAAGAGCAUCAACCCCGAUGAGGCCGUAGCCUAUGGAGCCGCUGUCCAAGCAGCUAUAUUGGCUGGUGACAAGUCUGAAAAUGUGCAAGACCUCUUGCUUUUGGACGUGACUCCUCUAUCUCUGGGCAUUGAGACGGCUGGUGGGGUGAUGACGGUGCUCAUCAAGAGGAACACCACCAUCCCCACCAAACAGACUCAAACCUUCACCACAUACUCUGACAAUCAGCCUGGCGUGCUGAUUCAGGUCUAUGAGGGUGAGAGAGCGAUGACAAAAGACAACAACAUCUUGGGCAAGUUUGAGCUCACUGGCAUACCACCUGCUCCUCGAGGCGUUCCACAAAUCGAGGUGACCUUUGACAUCGACGCCAAUGGCAUUCUCAAUGUGUCUGCGGUGGACAAGAGCACAGGCAAGGAGAACAAGAUCACCAUCACCAAUGACAAAGGUCGCCUGAGCAAAGAAGAUAUUGAGCGCAUGGUGCAGGAAGCUGACAAGUACAGAUCUGAGGAUGAGGCCCAGAGAGAAAAGGUGACGGCCAAGAACACGCUGGAGUCUCUCGCCUUCAACAUGAAGAGCACGGUGGAGGACGAGAAGCUGGCCGACAAAAUCAGCCCUGAAGACAAGAAGACCAUCGUGGACAAAUGCAAUGAGGUCAUCGCUUGGUUAGACCAUAAUCAGACUGCCGAGAAAGACGAGUAUGAACAUCAGCAGAAGGAGCUGGAGAAAGUGUGUAAUCCAAUCAUCUCCAAGCUGUACCAGGGUGCCGGAGGCAUGCCAGGAGGGAUGCCUGGCGGAAUGCCAGGAGGCAUGCCAGGCGGUGGAAUGCCCGGCGGAUUCCCUGGAGCUCCCGGUGGUGGAGGCUCCUCAUCCGGUCCAACCAUCGAAGAAGUCGACUAAAAUCUGGGGAUUGCAUUUUUCCUUGCACAUCACGAUUUCUUUGCUGUACUCUCAUUCUCCCGGUUGCUCUCUGGCAAUUAAAUCUACGAGAAACAGGC